AUGUCCGCCCCAAGACGCAGAACUAAAGAGGAGAUUAAUGCUAAACGUGAAGAGCGUAAAGAGGAUGAGCAGAAUGUCAAGGAUUUGAAGUUUGCCAUCGGAGGCUUCUUCGUCCUUGUGGCGAUCCUCACUCACUACGCUUGGGUCAUGAGGCAGCUCAUCUUCUUCCCAGAUAUGUCUUACACCAUGAAAGGCGUUCACUUUGGUUUGUUGGGUGUAACCAUUGUCACCUCAAUCUGGCUUUUCAUCAAGUUCGUCUACAGAAAGGUGUACGCUGACGAUAUCAAGGAGCUCAAGAGGCAGAAGGACGAGACCAAGAAGCAAGAGGAGGAGAAGAAGGAAGAGUAA